AUGAGACCGAGCGCAAAGCUGUCGAUUGCUUGUACCUUCUUGCUGGCACAAGCUGUGGUUAUAGCACAAUCGAGCGGAACGUCGAAACGCGGCAUCGCCUAUAUAAAAGACGGACACUCGGCCGACUACAAUCUCUUGCUCUCUGCCAAGUCGCCGUUGGACUGGUACUAUACCUGGCUGCCGACAACGGCGCCGGAGAAUAUCUUUUGGGGCGACAAGGCCGACACCAUCGAAUUUGUUCCAACCAUCCAUAACAACACCAAGCUGGACGCGGACCUCGACGCGCUAGAACGCGUGCCCGCUUCGUCCCAAUAUCUCUUCACCUUUAACGAGCCCGACGGCACCUUUGAGACGGGCGGUUCGGACCUCAGUCCCCAAGACGCCGCACGCGACUAUAUUGCCAAGAUCGCACCAUUGCGUAGUCGAUUCAAGAUUUCGCAUCCGGCAACAACGGGAUCGGCGCGAGGGUUCCAAUGGCUCCAAGACUUCAAUGCCGCAUGCUGGGCCAUUGACCCCGAGAAUGGCUGCCCAACCGAUUUUGUGGUCGUGCACUGGUACGGAGAUUUCCAGGGCAUGGCCUCGUGGAUUGGCCAGCUGGCGGGGUGGUACAAUGGCUCCAACGUCGGCCUCCAGGGUGACCUCAAGGUCUGGGUGACCGAGCUCGGCGUGCCUGGCGCGCCCAUGGACGCCAAUUACGCCGUAAUGAGCCAGACUCUGCCGUAUCUCGAUUCGCUGGGAUUCGUGGAACGAUAUGCGUGGUUUGGGAUCUUUCGGCCCGACGGCGCAAACAGCUGGACCGGAACUGGCCUGUCGCUAUAUGAUAAUGACGGCGGGCUGAGCUCUCUCGGCGCUCUGUACGUUGGGGGCGAGUCGAAUGGAUUUGUUGUUGGCGAGCAGGGUAAUGAGUAUAAUGGCACCGUCGGAAAUGGCGGUAGCAACGAGACCGACACGGGUGGCGACAAUAGCACUGAUACUGGUAGUGGUAAUGGUAAUGGUAAUGACAAUGACACUGAUAGCGGCAGCAAUACUGGCAACGCAACUGGUAGCAGCCAAGGUGACAAUGGCAGCAGUGCACAAUCAAUAGCCUCCGCUACCUGGCUGUUAUGGGCAUCGGUAAUAGCCAUGGGUUGUUGGAUGUUGUAA